UCUUAUCAUAGAAACGAGACUAAACUAAUAUGGUUCUCAAUUGGUAGAAAGGAAGAAAUUGUUUGAAAGAGAACAAUUUCCCUGUUUCUGAGGCUCCCAAUUUUUCUGGAUGAAUAAAGAUAAUUUGCAAUGUCAGCAAAAAUCACUUUCAAAAUCACAUUAACCUCGGACCCAAAACUUCCUUUCAAAGUAUUAAGUGUGCCAGAAGGAACACCAUUUACGGCUGUUUUGAAGUUUGCUGCAGAAGAAUUUAAAGUACCACCAGCAACUAGUGCAAUAAUUACAAAUGAUGGAAUUGGUAUCAAUCCAGCCCAAACAGCAGGAAACGUCUUCCUUAAGCAUGGGUCAGAACUCAGAUUAAUACCAAGAGACCGAGUUGGUUAGAUUAAGUAUCAUUACCAAAGAUUCUGUAUUUAAGGUAUAUUUUAUUGUUCUCUGAAAUUAAGCUGCUCAAUGUAAAGAAAUAUCAACAUGUUCCA